GGCAGUGACGUCAGCCGAGCGCCAAGGAGCUCCCGACUCGUUUUCCACCGCUCUGUGAGGUUGCGGGUGUAUCGUUGGUGUCCCUGUCGAGGUGGGUUAGGAGGGUGCGGAGCGGCGAAGCCCUUCCGGAGCUGCGGCGUGGAGGCGGUUUCCGGCGGCUGGAGUCGGGAGGCGCGAGCCGGCGCGGCCGCGGACGGCGACCCGGGCCGAGCGCGAGUGGUGUGACCUACAGCAUUGAGCAUCCAACACUCCCUGCUUCCCGAUCCUGAACCAGAAAAACAACACUAGAACCCUUUGGAACGUCUCUGUGUUCGAUGUGGGCAGAUCUUUCCUUGGACCUCCUGGAAGCAAGAGUGUUAGUGUGCAAGUGCGGACUGCACAUCCAGGCUCUGUUACUAGGGAAGAAAAGAUGGCGAUGGCCUCAACAACUGUAGUAGUUCCUGCGGAGUGGAUCAAGACCUGGGAGAAAUCUGGGAAAGGCGAGUUUUUACGUUUAUGCCGGAUUCUCAGUGAAAGUAAAAGCCGUGACACUUUGGCUUGUAGAGAUUUCCAACAAGCACUCUAUGAGUUGUCAUACCAUGUCAUUAAAGGAACUUUAAAGCCGGAACAGGCCUCAAAUGUUCUUAAUGACAUCAGUGAAUUUCGAGAAGAUAUUUCGUUUAUUCUUGCUGAUAUAUUCUGCAUAUUAGAUAUUGAGACGAAUUGUCUAGAAGAAAAAAGCAAAAGAGAUCAUUUUACACAGCUGAUAUUAGCAUGUUUAUAUUUAGUUUCAGACACAGUUCUAAAGGAACGCUUGGAUCCAGAAACAUUGGAAUCAUUAGGCCUUAUCAAACAAUCGCAGCAGUUCAAUCAAAAAUCAGUUAAGAUCAAAACAAAACUCUUCUAUAAACAGCAGAAGUUCAAUUUGCUAAGAGAAGAAAAUGAAGGUUAUGCCAAGCUAAUUGUUGAAUUAGGGCAAGAUUUAUCUGGAAAUAUCACUAGUGAUUUAAUCUUAGAAAUUCUCAAAUCUUUAAUAGGAUGCUUUAAUCUAGAUCCCAAUAGAGUUUUGGAUAUCAUUUUAGAAGUGUUUGAAUGCAGACCAGAACACCAUGAUUUCUUUAUAUCUUUAUUAGAAGCUUACAUGAGUAUGUGUGAACCACAGACACUGUGUCAUAUUCUUGGGUUCAAAUUCAAGUUUUACCAGGAGCCAAAUGGUGAGACUCCAUCAUCCUUGUAUAGAGCUGCGGCAGUGCUCCUUCAGUUUAACCUUAUCGAUUUGGAUGAUCUCUAUGUGCACCUUCUUCCAGCUGAUAGCUGCAUUAUGAAUGAAUACAAACGAGAAAUUGUGGAAGCUAAGCAAAUUGUUAAAAAACUUACAAUGGUUGUAUUGCCUUCUGAAAAAAGUGAUGAGCGAGAGAAAGAAAAGAAAAAAGAUGAUAAGGUAGAGAAGGCACCUGACAACCAAAAACUUGGGUUAUUGGAAGCCUUAUUAAUUAUCGGUGAUUGGCAACAUGCACAGAGUAUUAUGGACAGGAUGCCUCCAUACUAUGCCACAUCACAUAAAGUAAUAGCCCUUGCUAUUUGCAAUCUUAUACACAUAACUAUUGAGCCUAUUUACCGAAGAGUUGGUGUUCCUAAAGGUGCUAAAGGCUCACCUGUCAAUGCUUUACAAAACAAGAAGGCACCAAAGCAAGCAGAGAGCUUUGAAGACUUAAGGAAAGAUGUAUUCAGUAUGAUUUGUUACCUUGGUCCUCACCUUUCUCAUGAUCCCAUCUUAUUUGCAAAGGUGGUGCGCAUAGGCAAGUCAUUUAUGAAGGAAUUUCAGUCUGAUGGGAAACAAGAAAAUAAAGAGAAAAUGGAAACUAUACUUAGUUGUUUGCUUAGCAUUACUGACCAGGUACUGCUUCCUUCUCUUUCUUUAAUGGAUUGCAAUGCAUGCAUGUCCGAGGAACUAUGGGGAAUGUUUAAAACAUUUCCUUAUCAGCAUAGAUACCGCUUAUAUGGACAGUGGAAGAAUGAGACUUACAACAGCCAUCCACUUUUAGUGAAAGUUAAAGCUCAUACAAUAGACAGAGCCAAAUACAUCAUGAAGCGUCUAACCAAGGAAAAUGUAAAGCCUUCAGGAAGACAGAUUGGGAAAUUGAGCCACAGUAAUCCAACCAUUUUGUUUGAUUAUAUCUUGUCACAAAUACAGAAGUAUGAUAACUUAAUAACCCCUGUGGUAGACUCAUUGAAAUACCUCACUGCGUUGAAUUAUGAUGUUUUAGCCUACUGUAUCAUUGAAGCACUAGCUAAUCCAGAAAAAGAAAGGAUGAAACAUGAUGACACAACCAUCUCCAGCUGGCUUCAGAGUCUGGCUAGUUUCUGUGGUGCAGUUUUUCGUAAAUACCCAAUUGAUCUUGCUGGUCUUCUUCAGUAUGUAGCCAAUCAGUUAAAAGCAGGCAAAAGUUUUGACCUGCUUAUAUUGAAAGAAGUGGUACAAAAAAUGGCAGGGAUAGAAGUUACAGAGGAAAUGACAAUGGAGCAGCUUGAGGCUAUGACAGGCGGGGAGCAACUGAAAGCUGAAGGUGGAUAUUUUGGGCAGAUUAGAAACACUAAAAAGUCCUCUCAGAGAUUAAAGGAUGCACUACUGGACCAUGAUCUUGCCCUUCCUCUUUGUUUGCUCAUGGCGCAGCAGAGGAAUGGGGUGAUCUUUCAGGAAGGUGGAGAGAAACAUUUGAAGCUUGUAGGAAAGCUCUAUGACCAGUGUCAUGAUACCUUGGUACAGUUCGGUGGGUUUUUAGCAUCAAAUCUAAGCACAGAUGAUUACAUAAAGAGAGUACCUUCAAUUGAUGUGCUUUGUAAUGAAUUUCAUACACCCCAUGAUGCAGCAUUUUUUCUGUCUCGGCCAAUGUAUGCACACCAUAUUUCAUCAAAGUAUGAUGAACUUAAGAAAUCAGAAAAGGGUAGUAAGCAGCAACAUAAAGUUCAUAAGUACAUCACGUCAUGUGAGAUGGUGAUGGCUCCUGUCCAUGAAGCAGUGGUCUCAUUACACAUCUCCAAAGUCUGGGAAGAUAUCAGCCCUCAAUUCUAUACCACAUUCUGGUCUCUGACCAUGUAUGACCUUGUAGUUCCACAUUCCAGUUAUGAACGGGAAGUCAAUAAACUGAAGAUCCAGAUGAAAGCGGUUGAUGAUAAUCAGGAAAUGCCUUUAAAUAAAAAGAAAAAGGAAAAAGAGCGCUGCACUGCCCUGCAAGACAAGCUUCUUGAAGAAGAAAAAAAACAGAUGGAGCAUGUACAGCGAGUGCUCCACAGACUGAAAUUGGAAAAGGACAACUGGCUCUUAGCAAAAUCUACUAAAAAUGAGACCAUCACAAAAUUUCUCCAGUUGUGUAUAUUUCCUCGAUGUAUUUUUUCAGCAAUUGAUUCUGUUUACUGUGCUCAUUUUGUUGAGUUAGUUCAUCAACAGAAAACUCCAAAUUUCUCCACACUUCUUUGCUAUGACCGAGUUUUCUCAGACAUAAUUUACAUGGUUGCUAGCUUUACUGAAAAUGAAGCUAGUCGAUAUGGGAGAUUUCUUUGCUGCAUGUUAGAGACUGUGACUAGAUGGCACAGCGACAGAUCCACCUAUGAGAAGGAAUGUGGAAACUAUCCAGGAUUCCUUACUAUAUUACGAGCAACUGGAUUUGAUGGUGGAAAUAAAGCUGAUCAGUUAGAUUAUGAGAAUUUUCGACAUGUUGUACAUAAAUGGCAUUACAAACUAACCAAGGCAUCAGUACAUUGCCUAGAAACAGGUGAAUAUACUCAUAUCAGGAAUAUCUUGAUUGUACUAACAAAAAUACUACCAUGGUACCCCAAGGUUUUAAAUCUGGGUCAGGCAUUGGAAAGAAGAGUGCAUAAAAUCUGCCAAGAAGAGAAAGAAAAGAAACCAGAUCUCUAUGCACUAGCAAUGGUCUACUCUGGGCAGCUGAAAAGUAGAAAGUCAUACAUGAUACCUGAAAAUGAAUUUCAUCACAAAGACCCUCCUCCAAGAAAUGCUGUCACCAGUGUACAACCAAAUGGGCCUUGUAGUGGGCUGCCUUUAUCCAUAGGAAGUAUGUCUAAAUUAGAUGAGAGCAGUGCUGAGGAGGUCGACAAGUCACGAGAAAGAUCUCAGUGUGCUGUGAAAGCUAUGAAUAAAGCUUCCAGUGUCACACCAAAAGGGAAUUUAAGCAAUGGAAACAGUGGCUCUAACACCAAAGCUGUUAAGGAAAAUGACAGAGAAAAGGGCAAAGAGAAAGAAAAAGAGAAAAAAGAAAAGACUCCAGCUGCUACUCCAGAGGCAAGGGUAAUUUGUAAAGACAGUAAAGAAAAACCCAAGGAAGAACAGCCAAAUAAAGAUGAAAAAAGAGAAGCCAAAGAAAGAAUGCCUAAAUCUGAUAAAGACAAAGAAAAAUUAAAAAAGGAAGAAAAAACUAAAGACGAGAAAUUCAGGAUUAUUGUCCCCAAUGUAGAAUCAAAAUCCACUCAAGAAAGGGAAAAAGAGAAAGAGCCUUCAAGAGAAAGAGAUUUAGCAAAGGAAAUGAAGUCAAAAGAGAAUGUUAAAGGAGGAGAAAAAGCACCACUUUCUGGCUCCUUGAAAUCACCUGUUUCCCGAAUAGAUAUCACAGAACCUGAAAGAGAAAAACGUCGAAAGGUUGAUUCCCAUCCUUCUCCAUCACACUCUUCCACAAUAAAGGACAGUCUUGUCAAACUCAAGGAGUCUUCAGCAAAGCUCUAUAUCAACCAUAUUCCACCACCAUUGUGCAAGAGUAAAGAGAGAGAAGCAGACAAGAAAGAUUUGGACAAGUCAAGGGAAAGGUCCAAAGAAAGAGAGAAAAAAGAGGAAAAGGACCGGAAAGAGAGGAAAAGAGACUAUUCAAACAAUGACCGAGAGGCACCUCUGGACUUAAUCAAGAGGCGGAAAGAUGAAAAUGGAAUAUUGGGGGUUUCUAAACACAAAAGUGAAAGUCCCUGUGAGUCUCUUUAUCCAAAUGAGAAAGACAAAGAAAAAAUUAAGUCAAAAUCCUCAGGCAAAGAAAAAGGUGAUUCAUUUAAACCUGAAAAGAUAGAUAAAAUAUCCAGUGGGAAAAAGGAGUCGGGACAUGAUAAGGAAAAGGUAGAGAAGAAAGAGAAAUGGGACAGUUCUGGAGACAAGGAAGAGAAGAAACAUCAUAAGUCCUCAGACAAGCACAGAUAAUGAAGACUCAGCCAAAAGUGUGGGCAGGCCUCUAAGCUGAAGGUCUCCCAGCUGAGGAUGCCAGAGCUCAGUGUGUCACUUUCUAAACACUAUCUCCCUUAAUUGAGAGCUUCUGGUGCUGUUUAUCUUAUGAGAAUCACUUUAAGUCAGAAGAUGAAUAUGCAUUGCCAUCUUCUUGAGACAUUGCAAAGUCACUGGCUUUCAGAACAUUAUUUUCACCUCUGGGCAGUUCCUUGCAGCAAGAUCCCUGUGCGUACAAUAUUUUCUUGAAAUAAUACCACCUAGAAACAGCAUCUAUGAAAUUUUACCAGCUGAGUCUUGGAUCACCCUUCUUAGAAAGGGUCUGCUGUGCAUUUACCAAUGUAGAAGAAGUAGACUAUGGUGAGUUGAAGUUACUGUUCUACCUUAAAGGAGUGGUUCAGUACCAGCUAUAGAAAAUCCUGCAGGUGCCUUGCAACAGAUUGGGUCUUUCAUACAUUAUUUAUUUAACUUCCAUAGUAAUGUUAGAAGGUCUCCUCCUAUGCUCAGGCUCUUCCCAGUUCAGAGGAGAUUGUCUGACUGCCUUUGGAUCAAGAUGUAGAACUCUUGGCUCCUCCAGCACCAAAUCUGCCUGCACAAUGCCAUGCUUCCCAUCAUGAUGAUAAUGAACUGAAACCAUAAGCCAGCCCCAUUGCCAGGGGCCAGCCCCAGCGUGGGGGUGCCUAAAAAGCAUAAGCACACUCUGGAUCUGUGCUGCCUUUGCUGAUAAGCUGCCUCAUCUCACAUCGUUGAUAAGAGAGGUUUGUACAGCUCCUUCUGUGUGCCCGACCCUGUUCAAAGAUGAUGAUCUCUCCUCUCCCUCAUAGAAUGCCUCUAAGCUUUUCAAAUUAUGAAUUUUAACAAGUCCAUGAACCAGCUUUCAACUAUGUCCUGAUGUGCCAAGGAAUCUGUUUAGCUUUGCCAUUGUGUUCUUCACUGCUUCCUGGUACAUGCCCAAUUGGCAUUCAGUUGGGUGACUUAAGACCUUCCAGGAAUACAUGAGGCACUAAAACAGUAAUCACAGAGCAUGACCAGAAAUGAAACCAGGAAUUGAACAUGAUUGUCAGCAGAUGAAAGCCGCCUCAGAGAGUGAAGCAUGGUGAGAAAUAUGGACAGGCAUAGAGCACUCCACUGGCAGCAUGGUGUCCCAGAGCCAGAUGUUGAUCAUAAGGCUAGAGAUCAUGGAGCUGCCAAAUGGAAGAGACAUGAGUGACAGACAAGUGUUGACUGUGAGAUGCACAGGGAACAGAUGGAGCAGCUGGUGCGGUGUGGUGCAUGAGCAGGUCAAGUGCUAGGACUGAUGGUGUUGUGUUCCAGACAGGCCAGCGCCUCAGCAUGACCGUGAGAUUCAGCAGUCAGCCUUGCCCAAGAUGUCCUUUCCAGUCUACAGUAAACCUAGAAGUUGGAGGCAGAAAUGGGGGUGCCAGGAUGCACAUGUGGUAAUCUACGUGUGUUACUGAGUGGAUUUGCCCUAACAAGUACAUUAUUUAUGUCUGGUUUAUCAUACGAUGCUGGUCUUUCUAACUAACUAUUAAUCUUCUACACUUGGUUUUAUUUUCCAUAAACUUUACCCAUGGAUGAAAGAAGUUUUUUUUUUUUUUUUAACUUUUCCUCACAUGACAGAUCUAGACUUUGAAAUAUUGAACUAAAGAAGAAAAACUGAAAGUAUGUUGAGAAGUACGCCCAAUUGCUGCCCUGCCUAACUCUUCAGGUGACAAUGAAGUAGCUUUCUAAAGCUUGGAACUGUCAAAGGACUUCUGAGUGCACUUCCAGCCACAAGUCAGUACUGACAUUUUUAACCAGUGUGUGGAGAAGGAAGAGGGCAUUACUUUCCACGCUGAUGCAGUUCUGUGAUUGUUCAUCUCAGGUACCCUCUACUGGUAAACUUUAACCAUACUGACAAAUCAUAGCACAGCUAUGUCCCCAUUGCGCUGGAAUUUGUAUGAAUAGUUAAGAUGUUAAUACUACACUUUUUUGCCUACUUUCUCAUAGCUAAUGUCUAUGGAACUAGCUGUAUUACUUGGUUUUUUUUUUUUUAAUUGUUUUAGCUCUGUUAAAUGGCCCCCCCAAAUUUCCAGAUAGUGUCUCUAACUGCAACAGAAGAAUUGUAUGGUUCCUUAAUUCACACUAAGUUUGACUUUCAACAAUUUGUUCAGUGUGAAUAUUUUUAUCUCUUUUUCUUGGCUUUUAUGCUUACUUGAAACUCAGUAUUAAAAACUGUCUAGUAGAACCAACUUAUUAAAUGUUACUUUGGUGUGCAGCGAAAUGUUUGAUUAAGCAAAUGUUUAAGAAUGAUACUUUGUUUUAAAAUUUAUUAUGACUCAUAAAGCAAAUUCACUUCAUAGUAUUUGAGAGAUAAAGUCUCAAGUGUUCUUAGUCCAGUGUGUCAGUAGAAUUUAUAAUACAAAUAAAGUUUGCUUUAAUAAAAAGAAUUUUUUUUUCUGAAAGUCCAUCUAUUAUCAGAAAGCACCAGGAAGAAGUAGCUGCUGUUUUCAUUGGAAGAAAGAGUUUUCCACUAAAUUUCUGUGUAAAAAUCUCUUCUCAAUAAGAGAUUUGUUUUUCAAACAUACUAUGUAGUAUGAUCUUUUGCAAUCUAAAUGGAUUAGAAAGAUACAAUUCUAGGCUGGUGAUUCAGGACUGGUGGUGGUCAUACAGCCACUACAGAAAUCCUGUUUUUAGUCCUGUGACUUGCAGUCUCCAGUUAAUUACUAGACUUUGUCAGUUUUGUCUCCAGUGAAAACAGGAGUGACAAGUCUUUCUGAGUCAGUUGAUGAAUGAAUCGUACUGAUUUUUUAACGGGUUUUUCAUAUGAUUUCGUCCCCAUCUUUUCAGUAUGCUGACCAAGUUUUUUCUUCUAGGUGGUAAAGUUUGUGUUCCAGGUAUAUUGAGUUUAUGUAUUUAUCAUGUAUACACAAUUGUUAUAUGACAAGAAGAUUCAACUUGAAGUACAGCCAUUAUGCAGUAUCCAUGUAUACUGACCAUGUACCCCAUAUCCAUUACAAUCCCUAGAAAGUAUUUUUGAUACAUAUUAUUUACUGUGUUUUAAUAUACUUAGAAGAUUAUACGAAAUUCUUUUCUUUACCCAUGUGUUCUGUUUGGGUUUUGUUGUUGUUGUUGUUGUUGUUGUUGUUUUGUUUUAUUGUUUUUAAUUUUUUGUUUGUUUGGGGUUUUUUUUCUUCUUGAGUCAAAGAAUAAAGUUUAAUCCUUUUCCUGGUACCUUGCCCUUUGUUGGCAAAAUUAGGAUAUAAAUUGUUCAAAUCUCCACAAUUAAGAGUUUCAGAAAUACUUGCUACUGGCCGCUUGAUUUAAUAAAGACUAGAUAUAUAAACAGAUAGAAAAAAAUGUCUAUUUCCUCACUAAAAAAUUGGAUAUUUUUUUCUUUUUAUUAGCAAAUAUUAGUAAUAGCCUAGACUAUGAAUAAUUUCUAAAUGUUGUGGGGGGCACGUAAUGAGACAAUGCAUAUUACAGCCAAGUACCCAUUUCAAGUAACCAAUUAGGCAUUGUAAUUACUAUAGGGCUAUAAUGCAUGGAAACUCAUUCUUCAGAUUCCUUGGAGCUGUAACUUGAGACAGUUGAAGGGCGUGUAAUUCAUUUGGGAGGUGUAGAUAGUAGUGAAGCUGAGGAAGCCUGGAAAGGGAAGGUGUACAGACGGUGUGCUGUCAAGCUGGCUAACACUGCAGACUGCUAGAGCUGUAUUUCCUUUGUGCUACUCUGGAAAACACUAGAAGACACAAUUCAGACAUAUCUUAUGUGAGGACAUGGGUUACAGAACUAGUCUCAGGGAGUGGUAGCUAUCCUGUACAGUGAACAGCGGCUCUUGGCAACUUGUGAUCAAGAGCUGUAACUGAACAUGAUGGCACAUGGCUGCAGUCCCAGCACCUGAGAGGUAGAGUCAGGAAGACCAAGACUUUAACUAGCGGUAAUCUGGGCUACAAUGAGACUGGGUCAAAAAAAAAAAAAAAGAAAGAAAGAAAGAAAAAAGCAGUAGCUGAAGAUUGGUAGAUCCAGACUAUCAUUAUAAUACCCACAUUGUCCCUUAGGUGUAGACUUUACAUUCCAGCCUCUUAAUACAGUCAGAUGGUGUUCUGUGCGCUUACACUACAUGACUGUGUAGCCCAUGAAGGCAGAACCAGGAGAGGCUAAAAGACAGUGCUGUAGUUAGUUCUGAUCCUGGCGAUAUUUACUAUCCAUGUGAUCAGGUCUCAUCUGUAAGUUCAUAAGAUGAAUCUGUACCUUGGCUCUCUGGUGUGUAUGGUCUAAAACACAUUUGAGCUGAACUUUACACAGAAGAGAGGAGGAGGUACCUUGUUUUACAAAGAGGGAGGUCUGUUCAGUCAGCAAGAUGGAAAAGAUUUCUUGGCAAUUUAAGUUUUCAAAGGCAAAAGGGACAGAUAUUGUCCAGUGAUAAUUAAAACCUUACUUAAAAUGCUUUUCUAAGUCUCCACUUGAACACACAUAUUUCACAACUGCAGUUUUGUUCUUCUUUUUCCCUUAUGUUGCAUCAUGGACAUGCCACAUAUUAAUGUGCAUAAUAUACAAAGUAUAUAAUGUAAUGUAAAUUGAUAUUGUAUGAUAAUAUCUACAUAUUAAUACCAAAUUAUGAAUGUAUAAUUUAUGUGAAAUAAAAUACAUCCCUGGU